AAUUACUUUUUCUAUGAUCCAUCAAUACCAUCAUGUACUCGUUAGUUAAUUCCAUCCUCAUAGUUCAGUAAGUUUUAUUAUUUGUUAAGGUAUUUUAAACCAAUGAUUUUUUGACCAUCUUUAGUAUGGCAUGGUAAGAUUACCAUGUUUUCUUGAUCAGUUGGAGGCAUGUUUUAUCUCUCAUGGGCUUAUGUAGUUAUAUGUCCUUUUUUAAUCAAGUUUCUAUUGACACUUUUGACCAUCAUUCACAUGUAUGAGAACUCAUGAAACUUUGUACCACCUGCAUUGUCCUCUUAUAGUUUCAGAUUUCAACUGUGCAUUUUAAUUUUACUUACUAUUUUUAAAUCUGGAAUUUGGGUCUGAGAAACCAGUGCAGUACUGAUUUAGUUUAGCAUUUCUUAUUGAUCCAUCUAUAAUGGUACCCCAAGACACUGAGUUGUGCUUCUAUUUACACUAUUGUUCUAUUGUUGACACUAUCACAUCACUUCUGUCAAACUUGAGAACAGAUUGUGCGCCAUAUUCUUUUUGUAAUACCACAUUCUGUUUAUAAUUUAUAGGUUAUAACUGAGUAGCUGAUUUGAACAUGUUAAAGAAAAAUGCAUUUUGCCGUUCUGUUAGCUGUGCUGGUCACAGAAGACCAACCAAUUUUUUUUACCCUUAUUAUUUUCGCAUUUUGCACCUGUCAAGAUGGCUGAUCAUGUAGAUAAGGAUAGGCUAGAUUACAGUUUCUUUCUGACCUAUUCUUCCGCUGUGCUCAGUCUACGAUCCACUUUAUUAGGAUUCCGUUGGCACUCUUGAGCUGUACCGGCAUGUAUAUAUGUAAACUGGAUGAGAUCAAUACACCUGCGCGUUGUAUCCAAACUCUUUCAUGGUAUCAGACUCUUCUCGAUCCUAAUCAUCUUCCGCUGCUUCUCCAUUCUUUCUUCUCUAUGGCGUCGAGCUCUGUCUCCUCCGACGAUGUCAACCCCUUCGCGGCAGGCUCUGUGGCCAUCUCGGCGGCGACAGCGCAACUCAUUCACAUCAAGUCCCAUGUUCCCGUGAUCCUUGAUCUCGGCGACUCCACCUUUGGCACCUGGCGCACCUUCUUCACCAUUGCUUUCCGCAAGUUCGGCCUCCUCGAUCACAUCGACAGCACGACUAACGCCCGCCUCAAGCUCGACGACGCCGAGUGGACGCAGAUCGACACCUGCAUCGUCUCAUGGCUUUACGCCACACUCUCCCCCGACCUCCUCUCCGCUGUGAUCCAGCCGGACGACGACGCUUACACCGCCUGGAACGCCAUCAGCUCCCAGUUUCUUGACAACGUCGUCCAGCGCACUGUCCAGACCCGGCAGGCGUUCCACGCUCUCCACCAGGCUGACAUGACCAUCACUGAGUACUGCGGCAAGAUCAAGGUACUGGCAGACACGUUGCGCGACGUUGGCUCGCCUCUCACGAAUCAGGAUCUCGUUGUCAACCUCCUGAGCGGGCUGAACGACAAGUUUGCCCACUGCGUCUCCACCAUCUCCGCGGCACGGCCGCCCAUGACGUUCCUCCAAGCACGGUCCUUCCUCCUCCAAGAGGAGGUCUGGAUCGCCAAUCGCGCGCAGAAGGCCGCGACCACCGCCCUGCUUGCUGCCUCGCGAUCCGCCGGCGCCUCCUCCAACGCGCCCGCCGUCGGAUCCUCCACGCCCGCAUCUGCUCCACCUGCCACCGGCGCCACUGGCAGCAAUGGCGGCACUGGCGGCAACGGUCGCCCCUACAAACGCAAGAAGCAGGCUGGUCGCGCCGACGGCACCUCCGGCAACUCUGGCCCCUCCGGCAACUCCAGUGCGCCCAUGGCAUCCUGGGUCAACCCAUGGACCGGCGUUGUCCAGGCCUGGCCCAUCGCGUGGUUCCCUCUCACCUCGUCAGCUCCUGGCAUUCUCGGCUCUCGCCCUGGUGCCGCCCCGCAGCAGUCCAUGGUGGUGCAGCAGGCUCCGGCCGGCACGCUUCCGCCGGCGCUCUACCAGGCUCUCACCGGCCUGUCUCUACAGUCGACUCCGCCGAGCGCCACGGAUUGGGUUUUCGACACUGGGGCCUCCACUCACAUGGUUGGCAACUCCGGUAUGCUCUCCUCCACUGCCCCCUCUACUUCUCGUAUCAUCGUCGGCAACGGCGCCUCUUUACCCGUGCAGUGCAUGGGCACGGCCACCGUCCCCACUUCUUCUUCCUCCCCUCUCUAUCUUCGCGACGUUCUUUUUUCUCCAUCUUUGAUUAAAAAUUUGAUUUCUGUUUGUCGUCUUACUCGCGAUAAUUCUGUCUCUGUUGAAUUUGACCCUCUCGGUUUCUCCAUCAAGGAUCUUCGCAGCAAGACGGUUCUUCUCCGCAGUGACAGCCCUGGCGAUCUCUAUCCGCUGCGUUCCGCUGCCACGCCACUUGUUUCUGGCUUCCAUGCCUCCGUCGACCUCUGGCACGAUCGCUUGGGGCAUCCUGGCCGGCCGGCGCUCUCUCGCAUUUUGAAUAACUUUAAUUUUAGUUGUAAACCGAGUUCUCCUCACAAUUGCAACUCAUGUCGUCUUGGAAAACAUGUUCGCCUCCCGUUCACUGCAUCCUCGACUGUUUCUCCUUUUCUCUUCUCCCUUUUGCACUGUGAUAUAUGGACUUCGCCUGUGUUGAGCUGUUCUGGUUUUUCAGUACUAUCUCGUUAUACUUGAUGACUACUCUCACUACGUAUGGACAUUCCCACUGCGUCGCAAGUCCGACGUCGUGCCCACGCUCCUCACCUUCCAUGCAUUCGUUCGGGCGCAAUUCGGACGGCCGAUCUUGGCGUUUCAGACGGACAACGGACGUGAGUUCGACAACACCAUCUUUUGCUCGUUCCUCGCCGCACAUGGCAUUGUCUCGCCGCCUCGUCACAACGUCUUCUCCAGCACAUCAUCAACCAGCUCCGAGUUGAGUUCGCGAUGGACUUAGGUCCGGUGCACUUCUUUCUCGGCAUCCAAGUGCGCCGCACGGCCGAUGGCUUCUUCCUUUCACAGGAGCAGUACGCCGGCAACGUACUUGAUCGUGCCAGCCUGGCAGACUGUAAGCCGGCGCCGACACCUGUCGACACGAAGGCCAAGGUCUCCAGUACGACAGGGCAGCCCUACAGUGAUCCGACGUUCUAUCGUAGCAUCGUCGGGGCACUCCAGUACCUCACUCUCACACGGCCGGAUUUGUCUUACGCUGUGCAACAGGUUUGCCUUCACAUGCACUCGCCGCGGGACGUGCACUGGACACUUGUAAAGCGGAUCCUCCGUUAUGUUCGUGGCACGACACACAAAGGUCUGCAACUCCGGCGUUCUUCUACACCAUCGCUCACCGCGUACUCCGAUGCGGACUGGGCCGGCUGCCCCGACACACGCCGCUCGACGUCCGGCUUCUGCGUCUUCUUCGGCGACUCUUUGGUGUCGUGGUCCUCCAAACGACAGUCCAUCGUGUCUCGCUCCAGUGCCGAGGCUGAGUACCGGGGUGUGGCGAACGCGGCUGCUGAAUGUUGUUGGCUCCAUCACCUUCUCGGCAAACUUCACGUCAAGCUCGACAAAGCCAUGCUUGUGUACUGCGACAACAUCUCCGCCGUUUACCUGUCCAAGAAUCCAGUUCAUCAUGGUCGUGCUAAACAUGUGGAGCUGGAUGUCCACUUCGUCUGGGAAAAGGUGGCCGUUGGGGACAUCCGCGUCGUGCACAUUCCGACUCGACAACAGCUCGCCGAUAUCAUGACGAAGGGAUUGCCCACAGCGCUGUUUGAAGAUUUCCGAUCCAGUUUGUGCAUCGUCGACGACGCACCAACUGCGGGGGGGUGUCAAGAUGGCUGAUCAUGUAGAUAAGGAUAGGCUAGAUUACAGUUUCUUUCUGACCUAUUCUUCCGCUGUGCUCAGUCUACGAUCCACUUUAUUAGGAUUCCGUUGGCACUCUUGAGCUGUACCGGCAUGUAUAUAUGUAAACUGGAUGAGAUCAAUACACCUGCGCGUUGUAUCCAAACUCUUUCAGCACCUACAUCUGAAAUUAGUCCUGGAGGUGGUACACCGUCCUA